AUGGUGGACCGGUGGCAGGUUUAUGCUACUAAAACAUGCAAAGUGCAACGUUUUAGUGGUUCAUAUUUGGUGCUGACAAUCUUCAACCAGCGUGGUUGGCCUGAUAACGGCACCACCUGCAUGCCCCUUGUGUUCCAGCUUAAAGGAGAGCUGUAUCGUGGAACCAUGUGCGUGACCCAUCAGGCUUCUGAAGAGUGGCGGCUACAGGAGGAGAAGGUUAUGGAUAUAUUUCUGUUGAGCGGAUACAAGACAUUGAUGCGCCAGGUAAGUGGGCAACUGACUUUACUGAGGGCUAAAGGCCAGUACAUAUACAGAGGGCACAUAGUGAAGAGCGAGAGUCUGAUCCUGCACAGCAGCACGCACAAAGUGGGCAUCGACGCCAAUGUGCUUGGUGAGCUCAUGCUUCACCGGGUCACGCGCAAUGCUGAUAGCACCAGGAAAAGGAAAAGGAACACGAAACAAAAGAUGGAAAGCCAUCCAGGGGCGACGGCGGACGCGGCCGGCCUGCUCACCGACGACCUCAUUCUGGAGAUCUUCGCCCGCCUCCCGGCCAGCUCCGUCCACCGUUUCAAGUGCGUCUCGGUGCUCUGGCGUGACCUCAUCGCCGACCCCACCAACCGCAAGAAGCUGCCCCAGGAACUCGCUGGCUUCAUCUACUUCACCACCGACGACAGCGGUCAUCACCACCACUUCGCCAGCGUCUCCGGCGGGGCACCCCCGUUCGACCCUUGCCUCCCUUACCUGCAACCUGACAAGUACAAGGACAUGACCCAGGUGGACGCCUGCAAUGGCCUCCUUCUCUACCGCCACUACAACAGCAAGGAUGAUUCCCAUUUGGUCGUGUGCAAUCCCGCCACUGGGAGGUGCGUGGAGCUGCCCCCUCAACCUAAACCUCAACCGCCGGAGCUGGCAAAAAGGUAUAGCUGUACCACAGGUCUGGUUUUCGACCCGGCGGUCUCGUCCCAUUUCCACGUUCUUCAUUUCGACCACGCCUAUCUGGAAACUUACGUCACUGGAGUGAACAUCUACUCCUCCCGGACAGGAGCAUGGAUUCACAGAAAUAGUGGGAUGACUAAGAAAGAAGUUACGCUGUUUUUCGGAAGUAGAUGCGUCUUUGUUGGGGGCGUGCUCUACGUGAUGGGAAACCUUAAUUACAUCGACGAUUAUGUGUUGCUGGGGGUAGACAUGGAGGGGAAAGCGUGGAAGACCAUCACUGUGCCGUACGGCCGUGGAUUUGGUACGAUUGGAUCAUCUCAGGGAUGCUUACACUAUGCUAUAGCUUUCCCCGAAGAUAACAAGCAAAUCUCUAGGAUAGAACUUUGGUGCCUCCAGGAUUGUGAUAGUAAAGAAUUGGUCCUAAAGCAUACUUCCAGAUACAGUGAGCUUAUGAGCAUGACUGGGAAGAAGCACAGUGUGGUUGGGAUUCAUCCAGAUUGUGACACAAUUUUCCUGCUUUCACGUGGAUGUGGUGAUACCUUGGUAGCGUACGACAUGCGACAUAAGAAAGUUGGAUGUAUAUUUAAUCUUGAGAAAAAUAGUACAAAACGAUUUCUAGCUUAUGUUCCUCUAUUCUCAGAGUCACUAGCAGAUGCAUAUGGGCAGUAG